CCCCUUCGUGAGUGGGUGCCACGUCGAGAGGAGUGGUUAGCAGAGCUCUUGCAUUAUGAGGGUCACUGUGAAUUCACAGCGGAGUAUUGCCCACGUUGUGGUGAUCACAAUGCUGAGACUCGCUGCCUUGACUGUGACGAUCUCACCUUGUAUUGUCAGGCUUGCAUUGUUACGAUGCACAAACGUAGUCCAUUUCACCAGCUCAAGGUACGUUCACAGACUAUUCCCCAAUCCGGAACUGAUAAAUUUGGUCUUUGCAUCCAGAUGGGCCACCCAACUGGUGAUCGCUGCCCAAAUCCUCAACGUAUGUGGGGGGAUGACUUCGUUGUGCUGGACGUAUCAGGUAUUCAUCAGGUUGGGCUGGAUUUUUGCAACUGCGAGUCUGUGCAGCCCCACGAUGUACAAUUGUUACAUGCUCGUCUCUUCCCUGCGACC